AUGACCCUUUACCGGUGCAAGUAUGAAAGAUGUCUUUUUGCUGGAAUUGUCUUGGCCAGCAUUGACGUCAGCCCCUCCAUCCAGCAGCAGCAGCACCAUAUCGCAAUAGCCUCUCUCAGCUGCGUGGUGAAGUACGGGCUUGAAAUGGUCGCUGGGAUUGACGCAAAGUCUUUGGGCAAGGAGUCUAUUCACCACAUCGGUGACAUUGCAUGUGACUGCCCACAGCAAGAAUUGCGAUGCUUGAAUUCAUAA